GUCAGACAGCCAGUACCGCCCCCACUUUUAAACGCGCACGACAGCCCACCAAGAUCCCCCCCUCAGUUCUCCGAGUAGGCCAUCGAAGCGUACCCCGGUUUUCUCUGACAGCGGAGGAAGCCAUCCCACCUCAAGGAGUAGUCUAGAGUCGUUCAGACUUUAGACAAGCCCUUGCCCACUCAAGCCGACGCGAUGUGUCGGUUUUCAAUAUCCGGAUCCCACUUGACGACCGCCUCCCUUCGCAUUGCUCCGGCCGCCUCAUUUUUUUUUGUCACCCAGAUCGUUAUGAACUCACUCGUGCUCGCUGUGAUCUCAUUCUAGGUAAUUCUCCUUACCACGCCUGCUUUCUGUACUCGGCCGACUCUCUGCGACUUUCUGCACUGCUCAUGGUUCCACCCACUAUACAUGCUUUUGCCCAAAGGGGCACCCCGUCAUCUUCCCACUCUCGGGUUCGCUGGCAGCCCUACAACGCUAGUAAUCAAUCUUCUCAGACACACACUUCCCCCUAUCUCCCCACUCCAGCAUCCUCCGUCUCCUCUACCUCACCUUCCCCGCAUACUAUAUCUGAAGACCGCCCACGACAUGCCCACUCCAUUCCCCGUGAAUGCCAACUCCGCGAUGCCCACAGAUCGAAGUAUGCACUAGGUUUAGUCGAUCAAGCCGUAAAGUCGUUAUGCGAAAUAUGGCCUCCCCAGGACAUACCGCAUAUCUUCCUCACGUCACGUCGUUCGGCGGUCGCAGCAACGUCGUCUUUAGCCAGUCAUACCGUCGCCAGCUCUCAACUUAACCCUCCGCUAUCGCCGUCAUCAGUCUACCCUUCGCCCGUUGCCUCCCCUAUGUCAUCAUGUCUAGCACGUGUCCCCCAGCCUUUAAACACGCAAAACUUCGGAUGCGACGUCACAUCUAUGCGUGGUUUUGUUCAGGAGGUCCUCCGCCGUUCACGGACGUCUGGUAGUGUUCUUCAAACCGCCCUUUGCUAUCUCGAAGCUGUUCGAGCAAAAGUACCAGCGCUCGUCCGCCAUGAGAAGAAUAGCCCCGAAACAGCAAGGGAGGCGGGAUCAGCCGAAGGGCUUGCUCGUAUCGAGGGUGCCUUUGUAAAAGUUGAUGAUACCACCUUCAACGCGAGCAAUUCUUCUGGUGAUGCCGCUUAUUCUGACGGCCUUCUUGCAACAGUUCGGAUGGACCACUUUGAGCAUGAAGUUAGCAGUCUUUGUACUGGCUUGCGAUCGGCCGGUGACGAUGCACUCCCACACAAACAACAAGCAAAUAUAAAAACAUUACAGCCACUACCACCGCUCCUGUCUCCCCUUUUAUGUCCUCGUCGCACCUUCUUAGCCUCACUCAUCCUCGCAUCCAAGUUUAUGCAAGACCGGUGCUACUCUAAUCGUGCAUGGGCCAAGUUGUCUGGUCUCUCACCCCGCGAAAUCGGUCGCUGCGAACGAGCGCUUGGCGAAGCCCUCGAGUGGCGUCUAUGGGUCGGAAAACUGCCUGCAGCGCAGUCCAACCUCGGGCGUUCGCUCACGAAAUCCAAAAGCGAGAGCGAUAUCAUCAACUUUGGCAAGCCAUCCGGCAGCCUUGCGCAACCUCACACCAAUUCAAAGUUGUCAGUGUCACAAUGGUGUUCGCAAUCCCCUGUGCCAAGGAAGACCUCGCAACUCAGGAGAUAUGCCACGUACCCCAGCUUUGAGUCCCAUGGAGAGAAAUUGCCACCGUUUCCUGCUCUUCAGGCGCCAGCACAUCAGACAACCAAAUCACCAUCAAUAUUCGCGACCAGCCCUUCUACGCCAGGCUUGAGUUUCUCCCCGACGCUCACAGAGUCCUCUGUUGGAGAUCGUACCGUGCAGAUUUCGAGUUUUAUGGAUGUGCUGACGCCACCGCCGGGCCAGUUCGCAGCCUUUGCAGGCGCGCAGAACGGCAAGGCGUCCUUGGCGUCGAAUGACCCAUGCAUAUAUUCGUUAUCUCGGGAUGUGUCUCUUCCACCUCACCCGUUCGAAGGACUCCCAAACAGUGGAUUUCCACUACCCCCUCACCGUGCCUCGUACCAGUCGUGGUCCGUUCUGGAAUUUGCCUGACUUACCUCCACGAGUUUGUGUCACGGUUCUACCUCGGAGUUGCUGUUCACCUUUUCAUUACCAUUUUCUGCAUAUAACAUUUUUUCUUCACCUUGUAUGUUUUCUUUCUUGUGCUGCUGUAUGUCUGUGUGCAGUGUGCCGCAGUGGAGGUGGGAACAACAUGCCGAGGACGUCCCUGUUUUUCUAUGUAACAGUAAUGCUCUCAAUACCCGAAUAGAACGCUUUGCUCGCUGUUAUCUUCGACGUUGUCUA